GAUUGAACACGAGGAUCUAUUCACGCGAAGGUUAUUUAAUUUAAGGACUUGAGUACACGUUGAUUUUACGCGAAGUUAAUCAUUUUCAUAAAUGUUUAAAUAUUCCUUGACACGUCGCGUGGGGCACAGAUUUGCAGCGAAAUUACUAGCGGAAAUGAUAGGCAUCCCGAAUGUUCGGAAUUUCUUGAUGGACACCGGCUACUACAUUCUUCAUUUCACGAAGGUUCUCAUCAACGACAAAGAUUUGUUCAUGCAGGAAUUCUCCUCUUUGAUAUUGGCAGAAAUAUCGAACGAUAUGUUCGGAGCAGCACAAUUAUUAAAGGAGUGCCCGCACAUGAAUUUUUUGUUCGAAAGAUUCCAAUCACCUGACCCGGAUGUUAAAAGGAACAACUUACAGAUUAUGUACAAUAUAUUACAAGAUCCUAUCGGAGCAAUAGCGAUCAUAAACACAAAGAAUUUUAACCUGAACCUUAUCUAUGACCUCUAUGACUCACCUUAUCCCGAGAUCCAAAGGCUUGCUCUAAAGAUCGUGGCUGAUUUGGUCAGCAGAAACCAAGAUGAUAGCAUGCAGGAUAAUUUUAGAAGAUCAAACGGUCUCCAAGCUUUGAUGAAGUUUUUAGAUGCACUCUACUCUUAUGGUAUUAUAGAUCAUUUAGUGCACACGGUGCAGGGCAAUAUGCAAGCAAGCGUGUAUGAGAUCAGCUGCCAUGGGAUUGGUAUGAUGGCGUUAUAUGCUGAAGCUGCUAAAGAACUAACCGAUAGCAAUUGCAUGAAGAAUAUUUUAGACAUCCUGAAAACAGAGACUUUCAAGUGGACUGUUAGGCAAGCAGCCAUGUUCGCUUUGACCCAGCUGCUUAAAUGUGACAUACAAAAUUGUCAUGAUUUCUUGGACAUUCAGGGACAAAAUUACCUCAUAUGGCUGAUGAAGCAAACUGUAGAGAAGGUGCCUAUAGAGAUCCUGAUUGGGGCUGUCGAGUGCUUAACAACAAUAGCAAAGAAUCAGUCUUUACGAAGUUCCAUUAUUAGCACUGACGUGAUUGAUGUGAUAUGCACAUCCUUCGAGCUGACGUGUCCUAUAACGACCGAUUACAAGAUCGCCUGUUGCAAUGCUCUUUCUGUACUGUGCAUGGACAACGUUGGAAGAUCCGCUUUUCUGAAGGUCCACGGGCCAAGCAGAUUGUACAAUCUAUUAUGCGACGUUCGGUCGAUUCCAAUAAGGAACGCAGCCGCUCAGAUUGUUCAAUUGUUAUGCGUGGAUCCGGUUCUGGCUGACGCUUUCGUGCAGGCCAGAUAUUUAAAUUAG